UUCGAGCCCUGGCCGCUGCAGAGCUGCGAGCGCCCUUCGCCGCCCCUUCGGGGACCUGUGAGCACGGAUGGACCCGCCCGGCCCCAGCGGGGAGCGGCCUGGCCGGCGGCGGCCCCGACGGCGUCAGCCAGGGCUGGGCAGGGCCGCGGAUCCCUGAAGCGCGCUCAGGGUUCCGCGGGCCCGGCGGCCGCACCAUGAUGCCGGGCGAGACGCACUCGGCGGCGCCCGGGACGGCGGCGGGGCUGUCGCGGUGCCAGGGCUGUGCGCCCUUGCAGCAGAAUUUGAAUGAAUAUGUUGAUGCAUUAACCUUGAAGAAAAAAAUCAUCAAUACAGAUAACUUGUUAACAGAGUAUCAGAAGAAAUUUUCACAGCUGCAGUUUGCCAGAAGAGAGAACAGCACCUUGCAUCACCAGAUGGAACAGAUGCUUAAAGCCGAGCUAGAGGAGAAAAAGAGUUCUCUUAAGCUGUACCAGGACAUGCAUCAGGAAUAUGCUCGGGUUAAGGAGGAGUGUCUGAGGAGUGACGCAGAGAAGAAGAAACUUGAGGCCAAGGUGAAGAAAUUGGAAGAGACCGCAUUCAAGCACAUCCAGGAAUCUAAGCAACUGAGAAAUGAGAAGAAAAUUCUGGAAAAGGAAUUUAAAAAGUCACAGGAAAUACUUGAUGAAUUCUCCAAGCAGAAGGACGAGAAGGAGUUGAGACACAUUGGGACUCAGAUAUCAAGCGAUGCUGUCGGAAACAUCGAUAAAAGGAGAGUGAAACUUCUCCUGAAGGAGCUCUGGCUCUGCAUCAACACCGCUGCACACAGACUGCCUGAUGAAGGUGGCAGGUGUGCCACAGAUAAGCCUGCCCAGGGAACCUCCACACCACCAGCAUGUGGGGCAGCAGGUGACAGCACAGACAAGAUGGCUGAUGUGCACACUUGCCUGGCUGAGCUGUCCAUGGAGAUCGAGAGCAACUUCUCCCAAGAGGCCCCAGAUGCUGGGCAGCUGAGCAGCUGUGUGGGUCCUCUGCGGGCACAGCUGGUGGAUGAAGACCUGCAGGCUGCUGUGGACUUCUUCAAAAUGCCACCCCCGCUCCUGUCCCCCGUGCCAUCCCCGCCGCUUGUGUCCCUACCGCCCUGGGGCUCACUCACUUCUCCGCUGGGGCCGGAGGCCUGCUUUGAAGAUGACGCAAAUUCAAGUGACGCUGACUCUGCCCUGCACAGGAACCCCCCAGAGACCAUUUCCGAAGAUGACUCCACCUCGCCCCUACCUCUCUGGGCCGCCGCCCUAAGCACUGCCCAGGGCCACGACUCCCCGGAGGAAAAGAAUCUUGGGGCACAGGAGGGCUCUCCAUCGCCGAGCACACCAGCGGGAAGCCCAGUGCCCUCAGUGGGCUUUGGGACCUUCACGGCCCCCCUGAGUGCCCCUUCUCUCACCUUCCCCUUCGCUCAGGAACGGCCCUGGGCCUCUGCUUCAAAGUCCCCAUGCGUGGGGCCGGCGGACUUACGGGGAACUGUGCGGGAGGUGGACAAAGCCGUGCAGACCGAGAGGUCACCCCUGUGGCCCCGGGAUGGAGAGUUCCCCAGGCUGCCCAUCCUGGGUUCCCCCCUGCAUCCGAGGAGCCUUGGCAACCUAUUGGAGUCCCGGCCGGCGGAGUGGAUGUUGGCCUCCAGAGUCACAUCUGAAUCUGAGCAUUUGCCGGGAGGUGAUCGGGGGGUUCCCCGGCCCUCAGCACCUGCUGGCUUCCAGUGUGGGAAGGAGCCUAGUGUCCCCAUCCCGAUGGACUCUCCUUUCUCUGAGUCCAGGUUCCAUCCACAGCUAGAGUCCUUGGAAGGAGAGAGUGACCCCGAGACAAUGACAUCCAGUGCUCUGACGCCGGGUUCUGGAGUGUCCCCCAGCGAAGGCCGGAGCGAUGCAGAGCCUGCAGUGGUCACCUCAGGCCAGACCCAGGAUCCCUCCCCUCCACGAUCAGUACUGAGUAGGGCACCUGCAGAUGGGCAGCGUGUCUAUCGGUCUCCCCAAGGACCUCUGAAGACUAGCCCGUGUCAGCCAGCACCCAGCGGGCAAGGCCUUGGUCAGCUGCAGCUCUUGUCUUGGCACCAGAGCCCAGUGCUACGCAGGGGCCGUGCAGGGGGACUGCCAGACACAGAUGGGCCCCUACCUUCCCCGGCAGCUGCUAUCUCUCCAGAUGAGAACUUCAGGGCAGCUGUCGCCUCCACCACGCUGCCAUCCAACCAGGUGUCAGUCAUCACCAAGCAGGCACGCCCAGAUCUCCCCACACUGCCUCAGGAGGAUGCUCCCUUGACAGCAGUGGGCCCCCUGCCCAGGACUGAGCUGCAGGCCACAGAGAAAGAUGGAGUGGCCCUCAGGACCAGGCAGGCGGUGGCCACCACUCAUACCUCACCUGAAGUCUCCAGCACCUGCAGGAAGUUGGACUUUGAUGACCCUAGUGCACCCUCAGUUGCAGGCAGCUCACUUUUCCUGGCCAGUAGCAUCCUGGCGCUUUCCUACGAUCAUGUCCCCGGACAUAAGCACAGAGGGACCCUGGGGCCCCGCAGGCUGCCUGCCCCAAUCCGCGCCAUCAGGCAGAGCCCCCGUAAGUCUGGGCCCUCACCAUUGCUGUCAAGUGGGACUUCAGGGGCUCCCCAAACUGUCGUACACUCCGAGAGCCUCCCCAUGGUGCCGUGCCUCUACACGGGCCGUCGGGAGCCACAGGAUGGGGUGGACACAGAGGCGGAGAGUGAGGUGCCCAGCUGCAGCGAGGGGGAGCCUGAGCCUGAGACCUCAGGGACUGUGCCAGGUACAGCCAAGGCCAGGCCCUGGCCGGAGCUGGGCGCCCUCAUGUCUGCCCUGCAGCACUGCAGCCUGGCCGCUGCUGCCGACUCACUAUCCACCUCUGAUGUGGCGCUAUUCCUGGAGGGCUGUCGACUGCGGGACAGCAGCUGUGCCGACUCAGCAUCUGAGUGUUCUAGCAAGGAGCCCGUGGUGGCUCUGGAGGAAGCCGGGGGAGGCCUGGAACCACCUGAGGAGUUACCAGCAUCCGAAGGCGAUGAGGCAGCCCCAAGGCUCUCCAGUCAGCUGUCGCCAAGCUCCCUGGACACACUGGCCAAGGUGCUGGCCAGGCUUGGGCGUGAAUUGCAAGCAGGCCCUGAGGGCUCCCCACUUCGUGAGGCCGGGACCCUGCUGCUGCUCAACAUGCUCCAGCAGUUAAUAGCUGAGGAAGGGCCAGACCCUGAGCCAGAGUCCAAGCCACACCCUGAGCCCGAGCCCGAUCCAGAACACGAGUUGCACCCUGAGCCGGAGCCCGAGCCAGAACACGAGUUGCACCCUGAGCCAGAGUUGGAGCCAGUGCCCAAGUUGGAUUCUAAGCCUGAACCCAAGCCUGUGCCAGACUCUCCUCUGGAAUCCACACCCGCAUCCAAAUCAGCAUCAGCUGCUGCCAGCUUGCAGGGCUCACCUGACGGACAAUCUGGCCCGGCACAGCAGGAGGCGCGCCUGGAACCGGCGGGAUCCCAGGGCACAGGCACUGGUCAGGCCCCCGAGACGGAACCUGAGGCCAUGUUCCAGUGCCAGAUUUCCACUGUGACGUCGGAGGUCAUCAGUGUGCUGCUCGAUGGCCACCAGGACCUUGUCAUUGAGAAGGGGGACAACUGGACUAUUAUUAAUGGAGUUGCACUGCUGCCAGGCAGCAACCGGAUGCUCCUGUGCUGUCCACCAGCCGGGGGCCUUGACACUGAGCUCGAUGCCAAGCCGGACACAGACCUGGACUCUGAAUUGGAUGUGGACCUGGAUGCCAAUGCGGACCUUGGUUCUUGCCCAUCCCCUGCCGAGGAUGCCCCACCUGCACCCCCUGAACUGGUCCCGGCUCCUCCACCCAGUGCCGUCCAGGAGAUCUCAAGCAGCGGCCAGACUACCAACUUUGACAAGAGCCGCCUUCGCAACAGGCCCGUGAGGCCGAGCACCAGGAUCAACGCUGAGAUUUUCGACCAUGACUUGGACUUCGAGGCCCCUACAGCAGCAUCUGACCACACCUACUUCAACUCCAAACUUGAGGUGGCCACCAAGACUAAAGGCCGGGCCAGGAAUACCAGCCAGGAACAGUCCAGCAGGCCUGGGAAGAUCACAGGCAGGGCUGAGGCUUCUGGGGGCUGUGAUGUCCCGGAGGAGAAGAGCCCUGCAAAAGCCCCACGGGCACCAGCACAGCCAGUCCUGGCCACAGCAGACACUUCGACGCCAGCCGAUGGGGCUGCUGGGGACACGCUAAGCCAGAUCCGGCAGGAGGUGGGGCCCCCACUGCCACCACUGCUCGCCCCCCUUGUGGCCACACCGCCCCGGCCCUCCCGUUCUGUGUCCCCCCUCAUCUCCAGCUCUAGCCCCGCCUCGCCCCUCGGCCAGCUGUCCCCAUUGUCAGAAGCACCUGAGCCCCCUGCUGGAUCUCCCAUACCUGGAACCCAAUCCACCACAGGAGAGCGUGCUCUGGCGUCCCCACUGCAGUUCUGUGCGGCCACGCCGAAGCAUGCCCUACCCGUGCCCGGUCGCCUGCCGCCCCUGGCUGCCGGCCCUACCUCUGCCCACACCACUUCUGGGGCAGGUCCACAGGAGAACUCGGUGAAGAUCCUGGACACCAUGUACCCCGAGCUAUCUGCACGAGCUCGCACCCUCAACAUUCUCAAAGGCAACCUUCAGUUGUCACGAGGCCCUGCCGACGGCCAGGACCACCCUGCACCCGGCAGCACCCUCUCAGGCUUCAAAACCAUCACGUCUACCUCCACGGCCUUUGUGAAGGCUGGGGGCCGCAUGGCAGGGAAGCGGGCGCUGCUGGCCACCUCGCUUCGGAGUGCCAAGAAGCUACGGCUGGAUGGCAGCUCCCCGGAGCCUGAGUCUGGGAGCACUGGCGCCGGACCCCACAAAAACCACCGCCGGCAGCCCCCACCCUCCGCUGAUUAUGACAACCCUGUCGCCGGGGAAGACAGAGGCCCUGGGGAGCCUGACCCUGCAGCCACACAGGCAGUAGCCCCCAAAUCCAAAGACACUGCAGAGUCUCAUGAUGGAGCGAUUGCAGAUGCACUGAAGAGGCUCGCCCAGGCCUCCUUCGACCUGCUGCCCGUCAUCCGAAGCCAUGUCUAUGUGGGCAACAUCUCCAAGAGACCUGUCAUGCGCGACCAGGAGAAGGAGGUGGUCCUGGAGUUCAGUACCACGCGCAAGCACCUGGCUGAGGCCCUGCUGCAGUCGAUCCUGUUGGAACUGAGAGCACAGAAGUCAUCUGUGGAGCCCAGCUGCAGGCACGCCCUGUGCCGUGUGUAUGUGGGCCUGUGCCGGCAGUUGGGGGACCUGGAACGCGCACGUCUCUUCUGCUACAGCCUCCUGAAGGAAGAUUUCCCGGAGUCCGAAAAGCUUACACUGUUCAUUGCCAACAUGUGGCAUGAUGUGUUCAUCUCCCAGUCGGUCAUCAACAAAGCCAUGCAGCUGGUCGCCCGGCAGCGUGCGAAAGGCGAGGUGCUUAACUGCCUGCGAGCAUUCCUCAACUGGGAGAAGAACGCGCCUGUGGACGUUGGCUUCAUGGUGUCCAAACUGCUCCUGACCAUCCAGUUGUGCCCCAAAACUGAGUUUCAGUGCAGUGAGAAGUUUGGUGAGGACCUGAGCGCCAGCACCUGGGAGCACAUCCUAGCCAUCGACCUACUUUGCUGCCAUCAGAAGUGGGUGUGGACGCACGACAACAUUAUCAGCAAGGAGCUGUGGCCUGUGAUGGACAAGUGGGUCAAGUACAGGAAAGGUCACACCAACGUCGCCUAUACCCCGGACAUCAUUAUUGCAUCCAUCCUCAGGCUCAUUGGGCGCUUGGGCCAGUUGGGGCUGAAGGAAGGGUUCCCGACCGCCGUGAAGAACAUCAGCUCUGUCAUUGGCAUGUUCAUCCAGCAUGCCCGGGAUGAAGAUAUCCCAUGGGGGAUCCAGCUGGCUGCAGUGUAUGCACUGUGUGACCUGAGCCCCAGCAACCCCUCCGAAAUCUCCAAGAUCCUAGAGGCCUGGCGCCAAGAGACCUCCCACAGUGUGCCUCCGGCCGUGGUGGGCUGCUUGGAGGAGGUGAGCUCCCUGUGUUCGGAAGAGCUCAGCUGAGCAGGAGAGAAGUAUCUGGAUGACUCCGAGACGGAGGUUGGAGAGGGAGAGAGGCCUGCUGCUCUCGGGCGACGCCCUGGAACCCUGUCCUGUCCUACCCAGCGCCACUGCCCGCACCCACCUGCCUAGCUCACCGGGUCCUGGGGCACAGUAUCGGGUUUGGUCAGGCAACAAGGACUUGAACUUUGCCCUUUUUUGCUGCAGAAAGUGUCCUUUUAGUCACCUCUUGCAGGUGAACGGCAUUUUAUAAUAACAGAACAACGUCCUUGGUUUGGUUCCGGAGCUGACCUGAGGGUCAGGUCUCUGGACUGGACCGCAGAAAGGAUCAGUGGAGCCGGGCAGCAGCCCCGAGGGUCCAUGAGUGUUCGCUCGGCUCCAUCGGGCCAGGAAGCUGUGGUCUGGCCUCCUGCCUUUGCCCUGGACAUGCUCUGUGGGCUCAGCUGCUCAUGGAGGAGCCAGCAGCAGAGUAAUGCCUGGGCUGGGCCCCUGAGCUGGCUGCUGGGGGCGCCUGGGCUGCAUGCCGAGGAGACCUGGGCUGGGUGUUCAGGGGGCCUGAGCUGGGCGCCCUUUGCGUGCAUAGGACAUCAGCCCCUCUCUCCCGCCAGGGCUGUCGGGACAAGCAAAUGAUGUGGUUCACAUUGGAUAAUAUUCCACUUGGGAAUUUUAGUAUCUGUAUAGAGAAAACGGGGUUCCGACCUCACCGUGAUCCUGGUCUGUCUCUGUUCACCCUUUCUUAAGAUUCUUGUCUGUGAUUUUUAUAAUAAAACUAAC